AUGAAGACUGUUGUAAGUUUACUUUUAAUAACAUACGCUACAACGAUAUCGGCUCGUGAGCAUCCGGAACUUUGCGGAGGAUUACACACUGGUGUAAAUCCGUGUAGAGAAUGUGAUCGUGCCAAUAUAGCCCUCUUUGGAGCUGAUUCACAAUAUAAGUCUCCAAGCUAUGGAUUUCCAUCAUUUAAUAAUGGCGCUUCUGGUAACAAACAAACAGUCUUGGCUCCAUCUCCAAUUUCUAGUUAUGGACAAGUGACCUAUAGUGGGUCAGGCUGCGGUGGUAUUGGACCAAUUGUUCAGGAAACAACUCAACAAAUCAUGAGCAAUAUCGGCACUGGAGGGGUGUUGUCAACAGAUUCUAAUGUUAAUGCUGUGCAAACGUUCCAACCAGUCAAUGAUAUUUGUUCUCAUCGUAAAGGACUUUUAAAAAAUAACUUCCUUCAUAAACAAAGAAAAUUGAUUGUUAGGCCUGCUCGACCAAGUAGAAUUACAUGCAAGAUUGAUAAGCCCAACUCAUCAACUUUUGGGUCAGGAAGUGGAGAAUAUAAUUCUAAUAUCUUUCAAAAUAAAAAAACUACAACCACAUUGAACAAUUUUAUGAAUAAAGCCACACAUAAAAAAAUCUUUAACGGUAAUUCAGUGAAAGAAAUGAAUAAAUUUCCUAUCUUCAAUGGCGGCAACACAGCACUUAGCAAUAUCAUAAAUAAAAUCAGCUCAAAUACCCUAAUAUCUUGUGGUAGUGUUUCAAACGCUAUUAGUCAAGGAAACAAUAUCUUCAGUACAAAUAAUUUAAAUACUGUAGCAACUAAUACUAAUACUAAUACUAAUACUAAUACUAAUACCAACAUUAAUUCUGCAAGCCACAACGUUUUUAGUGGACUGACGACGGUAUUAUGUGAUGGAAAAUCAAAUAAUAAAGAAAGCACUGUGAAUACUGGUUUAAAGGCUGAGCUAUUAAUCCCAGUCACAUAUACUAACAAUAAUCCUAAUGGUCAAAUAAAUAAUGGACAGCUCAACAAUUGCCAAUCAACUAAUAAUCAGCUAAUCAUCAGUGGUCAAUCAUCUAAUGGUCAAUUCACUAACGCUCAAUCAACUACUGGUCUAGUCAAUGGUCAAUCAACUACAAGUCAAAUAAAUAGUCAAUUUAAUAAUGGAGAAUCGCAAGAUAGUCAGUUAAAAACUUCAGCAAUAGUAAACUUUAUAGACCCUUCGAGUGGAAAUAUUCGUGCCAUGACACGAGAAGAAUUUUGUGACGAUAAAAAAUUAUCAUACGAAGAACAAGAAAAAAUGUACAAAGAUGAGAAGCCAACAGGACCUGUUGAUGCCGUCUCAUGGGAAUUAUAUCUAAAUAAUUUCAUGGCAUCAUUGAUAAAGACACAAACACCUCAACCAAUCAAACAAAUAUCUGAAGUAGGAUUAGCGUACAAUUACAAACAACCACCAGUAAAUGAAUAUAAAAAGCCAGAAAGAGAGAUCCCUGAAGAAUCCUUUCACAUUAGUAAAGGACAAACAAUUCAACUCAACAAUACCGCGCCAAAUGUUAAUUCGAAGAUACUUAUGGAUCAACUUAAAAGUAGCUUUAAAAAAUAUGAACCAUGUAAUAACAAAUUCAUUCAGCAUAGUCCAACUGAGCAAGUUGUCGCAGGUGGCCGAGUAAGUCCAGAUGAUGUGCCUUGUGGAACCAUUGGAACAGCUCUACCUGAUUAUCGACCCGGUACAAUAGAAGAAAGUCAAGUUAACAGCGAAUACAGUGAAGGAAAUUAUGAAGUACAGUCCUGUACCUAUCUUUAA